AUGGCCCAAAACAUGGAAUGUUCUUUUUUUUCAGUUGAAGCAAAUCCAAUCCAAAAAGUCGAUGUGAUUUACUCUCAUGAAGUGAAUUCUGUACGAUUACAAUGGAUAUUGGAACCGCAUAUUCGAACAGACCAAAUUGCCGGAUAUGACGUCUAUAUUAGUGAUGAUAAGGAUCGGCCAGAAUCGCAAUGGAGACUGGUUCGUCUCAGCAACCGUGAAGCAGCCUUGGCUUUGGAUAACCUAAGAAGCUCCACCGAGUACUAUGUGAGAGUCAAUAUCCGCAAUAAUGACGGUUCGGUCAUCAGGGCUCCUUCCAUUUACCGAUUCAAAACUAUAGGUGAGAAGAAGUUACAGUACUGCUGGAAUGCCGGUGGAAAUGUGUUGUUUUAG